AUGGCGUCUCGCCUUCUAUCUGGCGCGGUCCUGCUCCUUUUCUACGCGCUUUGCGUGGCUGCGAAGACCGAGAAGGAUGUGACUCAGCUUCAGAUCGGCGUGAAGGUGAAUUCAAGGCUCUUUUCGGCACCUGUUCCCGCGCGUUUUCUCGCGUGUCCCUAUUUGCCCCAAGGACUGUCCGCGCAAAAGAAUCUCGAUACUGUCAAGGUUCAUUACAAGGGCACGCUCACCGAUGGCACGAAAUUCGACUCCAGCUACGACCGCAAUGACCCCUUCGAGUUCCGCCUUGGCAUGGGCAACGUGAUCAAAGGGUGGGAUAUUGGCAUCCUGGGCAUGUGCAUUGGCGAGAAGCGCAAGCUCAAAAUCCCGCCCCACAUGGGCUAUGGCGAGAACGGCUCUCCCCCCAAGAUUCCAGGUGGAGCAACACUCAUCUUUGAGACGGAGCUGGUGGAUAUAGUGGAUGUGCCCGAGGAGGAGGAGCCUGAGGAUGAGGAUUUCAAUGACGAGGACAUUGACGAUACGGACCCCCAGGGGGAGGACGAUGAUGACGAUGAUGAGGACUUUGAUGCUGACGAUGACUUUUACAAGAGGGACGAUGAUGGCGAGCUGUGA